AUGUCAAGCGGCGACAAAAACGGGUUAGAGUGGCUUGGAGAGCUGCGUGUUCUUGUACUAGAUCCACGCAAAGAGACUCACGGUGCCCAACAACAGAACAGGACGAACGACACGCACGCGCCAACGACCAGAGGCUCACAGACAUUUGUGUCGUAUGGCGUUCGCGCUGAAACAAAUCUACCUCAUUUCUCCCGCACAUACAUGAUCACAAGGAAGCGUUUUCAGGACUUUGUGUUUCUUCACGAUGCACUUGUGUCCGAUUUCCCCGCGUGCAUUGUGCCACCGUUGCCGGGAAAGCACAGAAUCGGCUAUUUGACGGGCGAUCGCUUUAGUUCCGAGUUCAUCAUGCGGCGGUGCAUGGAGUUGCAGCUAUUUCUAGAGCGGGUGUGCCGACAUCCGUUGCUGCAGCGGGCAAAAAUCUUGCAGCAGUUUCUCGAGUCGAACGAGUGGCACAUUGACAUGCACACACAUUCUGGACAGCCGAUUGCAAGUACGUCGGGCGCUCCUACACCGGAGGUGCCAUCUUCAUCGACGGGUGGAAUUCUAGAGUCGAUGAGUGAUAUAUUUGUGAACGCAUUUACCCGCGUGAGGAAGCCGGAUCCGCGAUUCAUUGCCAUCAAAGCUGGUCUCGAGGGCGAAGAAGAUCGGACCACACAAUGGGAACGAGUGCUCCUUCGGAAUCGGACACAUGUAUCUGGUAUGUUUUCAGGCUCCUUGGCAUGGUUGGUUGGUUGUUGUAUUGCCAGGCCAUUUCGUUUAUGCGCGAGAUAUCGAUGA